AAGCAGACUAUUAUGGACCCCAGCGGACCUCCGAAGGAAUGGCCGAAUGAGAAGUCGUCCAUGGGCCAGGCGCCCCCUCCGCCCUACCAGGACAAUCCGUACCCAGGAUACAACCAGCCUGGGCCGGGGUACCCCCAGCCUGGAGUCGGCGGUUAUCCACAGGCUCCGGAGUCUGGACAUCCGCCAUAUGGCCCUGCGUACGGACAGCAGCCGUACGUGGCGGCUCAAGGGUACCCGCCCCAGCAAGGCAUGGUCACCGUUCAGCCCACGGUGUUCGUGACGCGUGGGCCGCUGGAGAACCCUGUCAACGACCACCUGUGCUACUCCAUCUUCACGCUCAUCUGCUGCUGCCUGCCUCUUGGAAUUGCAGCCCUCGUCUACUCCAUUAAUACCCGAGAAGCAAACCACAGCGGGGAUCGGCAAACGGCUGAGCGGUGCAGUCGGACGGCCAGGACCCUGAACCACGUGUCCCUGGGACUCGGCAUCGGGGGCUUCAUCCUCUUGAUUAUCUACGCUGUGGUGGUUUUCAGCCUGGUGUAAAUGGUAAACGACUCAUAAUCCGAUUCCCCGUUUUCAAAUCAAUUCAGAUAAGACAAUUGAAGUCAACAAAGGAAAAAUGUGCGAAAAGCGUGUUAGGCCAUUUGAUAUGUUUUGCUUUUUUUGCAACUUGACAAAAUUCAAGUUAUUGCGACCAAUAUUUGAGCCAGGUGGAUUGUGAAAUCUUUACAAGCCAGCUUCAUUGGUGUUUAGUACAUGCAUGAUAAUUACCUCCACUAAAAAUAUCUUGUUUUCAGAAUUGGAAUUUCUCCCUGAGAGAUGUUAAUCACUUCGAUAAAUUGGGGAUUUAAAAAAAAAAAAAAAAGUCAAUGUCUUGCAAUGUCUCCCCCACCAAGUUUCAUAGAAAUCGCUUAUGUAGGUCAUUUAUUUUUGGGUGCAGAUAAAUGUUGGUGGGGGUUUUGGAUUCAAAAGGGAUCGCAAGUGGUCUUCCUUCCCCUGUAAAAUGAAUGUCAAGGAUGAUUUCCUCGCCCUUUACAAAGAUUUAUGACCUGUAUUAUCUCCGGCUUCGUGGUUUGCCUUUGAUGCCUUAAAACUUGAUUGUUGUUCCACCGCACAUGCCAUUGUCAAAAAAUAUACUUUUACAUGAUUAUUACUGUAGCUUUCUUCUACUGUGCUUUUGAAUGUUACCUGUGAUAACUAACCUUCAGAAAUGUAUGCUUUUCCGUCACGUCAUGAAAACUAACCAAAGAAUUUGCUGGAGGAGAGAUGUCAUCAUCUCCUUCUCCAAGAGCUGCCAUAAUUAAGUGAUUUUUUUUUUGGGGGGGGGUGAAGCCAAAUA